AUGUAUCCUGAUAACGCCCACCCCGACGACGCCUACGUGCAACAUCAACAACGAGAAGAAGAAGAUUCCAGCCCCCGGGAAGCCCUCUCGCCGCCGCCGUCUUUCGUGCCCCACGCUCCCUCACCACCUUCUCAGCAGCCAAUUCACUCAAACCCUUAUCACCCGGAGCAGAACAACUUCCCCGCCCCCGUCGUCAUCGGCAGCAUGUUCUCCUCUCAGAGCCAGGACCCUUACACCUCCCAGCCGGCGGUUCACUUCAACGAGGCCCAGCUCGCCGUCGACGAGGUUACCAACCGUGCCCGCGCCAAGGGCUUCCGCGACGAGCUUACCAUCGCCGCCAACGGCUCCGUCACCCCGGGCGUCGACGACACCCCUUACCUCCGCUAUGCCCUGGAGGCCCUGACGAGGGAGCACGGCCACAGCGGCGGCUUCUCUCCCCCGUCUAGCGUCCCAUCCCCGGCCGAGAACACCGGCUACUACCGCGCUGCCGGAUACCUCCCGGACGACCUCCAGAGCCCCCUCAUCAGCGGCGACCCCGACUCCAGCUUCUCCCCCAUGGUCCCCGUCCCUACGCACACCCGGGACUCGGUCCGCCGCCAGUCCCGGCCGCAUUCCAACGCCGGCGCCGAGAGGCCUUCCAUGUCCCUCGGCACCCGCAUUAUCUCCAUGUCGCCGCCUCACUCCGCAGACUCGAGAUACCAGCACAACCAAGCUCAAACCCCAGCCGGUGUGAACCCCACCGAGACCACGCCAAAAUGGCUUCCCAUCAGCGAGAGGGAGAGCGUCUUCCCAGGCAUGACAAAGAUCGACACCAUUGACGAGGACCGCGCGAUAUACCCCCGCCUCAACUUCGUCCCCGCGAUCCUGCGUCUGCCCUCCCUCAUCGCCCUCAUGACGCUUUGCCUCGUUAUGAUCGCCUGCCUCAUGGCCGCCGCCAUCUACUCACCAAUCCAACCCGGUCUCUUGACCUACGGCGAGACAAUCUACAGCGGCAAAUACUUCCUCUUCCGCAUCCUGCCCCAGCUCUUGGCCUCUCUCAUCUUCGUCUACGCCCAGUGCGUUGCAGCAGCAACCCUCCGCAUCCUUCCCUUCGCCGCCCUCUCCGAAGACGAGCCCAUCCACCGCCGCAACGCCCUCUUCCAAAACCUCUACACCAAAACCUUUCUCCUCCCGCAGCUCGCCGGCCCUAUCCACGUCAAAAUCGCCCUCGCCAUCCUCUGGCUCUCCGCCUUUGCGAUCCCCCUCGCCAGCGCCUCCUUCACCGUCAUCCUCGUCGACGUCUGGUACUGGACCGCCGUCCAGGGCGUCGUCUGGACCCUCGUGGCCCUCUACCUCCUCGUCCUCGUCGCCGUCCUCAUACUCCUCCUCUUUUGGCGCAACCGCGUGACGGGGCUCAUGUGGGACCCGCGCUCCAUCGCAGACCUCUCCGUCAUGAUCGCCAGAAGCAACACCCGCGACGCCUACCGCGGCGCAGAAGUCGCACCGACAAACAAGAAGCUCCGCUCCAUGCUCCGCAACCGCAUCGUCGACCGCCUCGGUUACUGGAUGACGGACGACAACCAGGAAACCCCCUGGUACGGCCUCGGUACGGAGCACUCCCAGGGCCACACCCCGUCCGAUCUCCACUACGACAUCAAGAACGAAUUCUCCUCCUCCUCCGCUUCCGCCGUCGCCGCCGAUGACCACGACCGCCGCUCUGUCACAUCCACCCUCCUAGCAGGCCGCUCCGCGCACCGCUCCGGCCUCAUGGAAACCUACAAACUCCCCUGGUGCCUCCGCACCCCACAAGUCCUCUUCUACGUCGUCGCCUCCACGAUCCUCCUCAUAGCCUUAUUCGUCGUCUCCUUCCUCCACCGCACAAGCCUCGUCGCCGGCUUCCGCCCAGGCGUCCCCGCCGCGCCCCUUUCCGCGCCCUCCUCCUUCUCCGCCGCCAACUUUCUGUAUAGCUUCGUCCCCAGCUUCCUCGGCCUCGUCCUCCUCCUCGCCUUCCAGACCCUCGAGCAGCAAUUCCGCAUCCUCCAGCCCUGGGCAGACCUCAGUACCACCACGGACGGCGCGCCAGCCUCCCGCUCCGUGCUCGCGGAUUACGCCGCCUGCUUACCGCUGCAAUCUACCCUUCACGCCCUCUGCAACGGCCACUACCGCGUCGCAGCCCUCUCCACCCUCUCCCUCCUCCUCACUUUCCUCCCGGCCCUCGCAGGGGGUCUUUUCAUUGCCCUCACCGCCACCCGCUCCCCUUCAGAAACCGGAGGAGGCGGCGUCCGCAUGUUCCCCAACAUCCCCGUCUUCGCCGUCAUCUUAGCACUCCUGGUCCUCUACCUCGCCGCCCUCAUCUCCCUCCUCUUCGGCCGCAACAACUACCGCCUCCCGCACGCCGUCACCUGCCCCGCCGAGAUCUUCUCCUUCCUCGCCAAUGAGGACUGCGCCGCGGACCCGGCGUUCCAGGCCGCGCCGCGCUCGGCCGAAAAGCUGCGCGUGUAUCUCGGCACUGGACCGGGCAGCUCGGCCAGGGGCGCGUCUGCUGCUGCGGCGGGGAUGAGUCAAAGUGUUUGGGUGUUGGGGUACGUUGAGGCCGGGCGAGAUGUUAGGAGGCUUGGGGUGAGGAGGUUGAAGAGGUUUACGGGCGAUGGGGGGGAGAAGGGGGGCCCUUUUGGGAGGCCUUCUUCUAGGAGGUCUAUGAUGGGGACGGUUUGA